AUGACGGAUUCUGACAGCCAAAACGCCUCGAUUGCGGACUACGAUGAAGAGGUCGAAUACCUCAGCGACGAGGAGGUGGACAUCAUGUCCUAUUCUCCCGAGGUCGUUCACCGACCGGCUCCAGCCCCCGAGCGGGAUUCCGAACAAAACAACGCGUCAAGCUCCUCCGGGUCAUCGAGCUCCAGCUCAAGCGGAUCGGGGAGUUCCGGCGAAGAGGAAGAAGAAGGAGCCUCAUCAAGCAGACAGGGCUCCCCGACCGAAGCUAUGGCGGAGUUCGGAGAUGAAGAUGCCCCCCUUCCCCCGCCCGCCAAGAUCUCCCUUGGCGGCAAGAAAAAAGCGAAGGCGAAGCCAGCGGGGGAAAAGGAGAUCCCCUCGGCCCGACCCCUAAGCGCCUCGACCGUGACGACGGCCGAGGGCUUCGUCGUGGAGCCAUCUGAUGUCCUGGUUACCCGGGUGGAGGUCGCCCGGGGUAAGGAGAAGGUCUCCGAUCGGGGCGUGGCUGAGGUGGGCGAUUUCCCGAGCGGCCCAGCUUUUGCAGGGUCGAGCCAUGCUGGUCGAGGAAGCGGAUCACCACAAGAAGACGGCCGCUCGUCGCUUGAAGGAAGUCAAGGACAUCCAGGCCGAGCUGGAGAAGGCCAGAAGGGCCUAAAGAAGAGUGAAGAAGACCGGGUUCUGGCUGAGAAGGUCGCCCAAAGGGCGAUCGGGGAGGCCAAGGAGCUGAAAGCCCGACUCGACAAUCCGACCGAGCUGGUGCAAUCUGUCUUUAAGGACAGCGAGUCGGGCUCAGCGUUUCUCACAGCGGCCCGGGGAACAAAGAUCGGAGAAGAUUUAAUCCUCUCCUUUGGACGAUGGGCCUUCAAAGCCGGGCAACGCAAAAUGCUCGAGCGGGCUCGAACCCGAAUGGAGCAAGCUCUUGAAGGAGACGACCUGCAGCUGGUCCUGUCGGCCUUACCCCCGGACCUAGCUGACCCCGGUCCCUCUCCCUUCACUCCGAAAGAGAGGGCGGCCGAGCCUGGCAGAUCGUCUGCGGCCACUCCGAGCGGGAAGGAGGCUGCUGGAGCUCGGGAAGCGAAGAAGUAG